AAUGCACUGAUGAGUACUGCUCAAAACACACUGACCCGUUCAGUGCUGGGACGGAAAUGCGCUGACUCCAUAUUUCUGCUGUUAAAGCACAGGUUGCCGCAGGUCAAUCAGAUUAUUGGGUAAAAUGGAUUGUGACGUCAGGGUUUAGAAAGCGUCGCGUUGACUUCACGCACAGCAGACGAGCGCUUUACCGUGACGCGAACAGACCGAGCCGCUCUACUCCUGCAGACAGACACCAGCAUGAGUCCGAAAACAGCGACCUGAAGGACAAACACAGCAGAAUGGCCGCGUAUCUGGAGAUAGCUGAUGACAGCAAAGGGCACGAACUGAGUCUUUUCUGUGUGCCGAAACACUAUGAGGAGGAUUUGGACAGUGUCAUAAUACCCAACGGCCUCAUUAAGGACAGGACUGAGAGGUUGGCCAGAGAUAUCGUUCGGGACAUGGGCGGACAUCAUAUCGUGGCUCUUUGCGUUCUGAAAGGAGGGUAUAAGUUCUUUGCAGACCUGAUGGAUUACAUCAAGACGCUGAAUCAAAACAGCGAUAAGUCUGUGCCAUUGACUGUGGAUUUCAUUAGGCUAAAGAGCUACUCAAAUGACCAGUCUACAAACUGUGUGAAGGUUAUCGGAGGAGAUGAAUUAUCUGCUCUUUCUGGCAAAAAUGUGCUCAUAGUCGAGGACAUUGUGGAAACAGGAAGAACUAUGGAAACGCUGCUCAAACUAUUAAAUGAAUGUCAUCCUAAAAUGGUGAAAGUUGUCAGUUUACUGGUGAAAAGGACGCCCAGGAGCUCAGGAUACCGACCCGACUAUAUUGGAUUUGAAGUUCCUGACAAGUUCCUCGUGGGAUAUGCUUUAGACUACAAUGAAUAUUUCAGGGAUUUGAGUCAUAUCUGUAUAAUAAGUGACAGCGCAAAAGAGAAAUAUAAAGUAUGAAAUGACACCGAGUGCUGGACGCACGAAGACAAAGAUCACUGUGAACCUUUCUUUUGCUUGUAAAUUUAUUUUUGUACAUGCCAUCUGAAAUGAAUAAUGAACUCAUGAAACAUGGAUUCCCAAAGAUAAAUAAUCACACUUCUAGUGCUGCGGCGAAGGACGAAUGUGACAAAUGUUUUUUGUUUAGAAUAGUUAAUAGUUAAUCUCAUUUUAAUUGUCAUUACUGCUGAUGAUAAUGGGACUUGCCAUACACUUUUUGAUUGUUUGAACGGAGGCCUUAGAUGAACUGAUUUUAUGUUCACGCAAGUCCAUUUGGCUAAUAGAAGUUUGGCUUUAGAGCUCAGAGGUUAUGAAGUUACUCAUUGUCAGCUAGUUAUUGUUAUUUAUUAUAUAUUCUCUAGAUAUUGACUCCAGAAUAUACACGCAUUGAGAAUUGAUGUGCAGCUGUCAUUAGGAAUUUUUGUUUUUGAUCACCACAAUGAAAUAACACUGACAAUAGUAUUAUUAUUAUUAUUAUUAUUAUUGUCCUGGUUAUUUUUUUUUUAUAAGCAUGUUGAUGUGAAAACAGUCCAAUGAGCUGAGGUGUAUGACUGUGUAAGUAAUAUUUACCUGUUUACUGCCACCAAAACUCUGGAAGAGCUGUUAUGAAAGACGUAAGUUACUCAAAUGAAACUAAGCAAUAAAGUAAUGUACAAAGGUC